UUUUUUAAUUUUAGAGCAGAAUAUUUGCUGGAAGAAAAAUUCAUCAACCACAAUUCUUUUUUUAUAUUGAAUAAUCCCUGUCAUUCAUCAUAAAGAACUUACAUUUGUCAUAGAAACAAAUUUGUAAGACAUGUUCAUAAAAGCAUGUUUUUUAUCCAUCUUUAGAUGUUUUCCAGAAAGCAAUGGGAAUUUGGUUUGACCCUAGAUAUACUUAAGAUUUUAUUGAACUUGAGUGAUGUAAGGUCAAGCAGUCCAGGUGCAGGAGUAAUUAAGUCUUUGUUCAUAAUUCAUGGUUUAUGUAAUACCACACUAUGCUGCCUACCUGGUAAAAUGAGUGAUCACCCUGCACCUUAGGCAAUGUUCUUAUUUGAAAUGUGUGUCCCAAAAGAAGUUGACAAAAACAUGAUAAUAUAUAGCAGGGUGUAUGUCUGUGGGAAAAUGACACCAAAAACUGAUGAAUCAAGUCUUGGUGAAGGUGGCAGAUAAAGCAUGUUGAAAGUCUUCACUGGAGCCAUGAUGUUCUCCCCAGUGCCUGCUACCUGUGUGUAGUCCACCAGCAGACAGUGUCCCUGUGGUAUGUGGAGGGACAGGUCCCACAGCUCAGGAUUAAACAAGUUAGGAAAAUUAAUGCUACUCCUUUAUCCAAAGGUUGUCUUUGGAAUCCUGGCCGUGACAUCUUGUGCCUUGUCAACAAAACCCAAGUCAGUUUCUACUUCAGACACACAAAAAAUAAGGGUAGCUUUGCCCUCCCACCUAUUGAAAUUGGUAAGAUCAGCUGUGGAGCUUGGGCACAAGAUGGCAGAAAGAUGGUUUUGGCAAUGGAGAACACAUUACUGGUGUACAAGUGGAAAGACAUAGACAAGUCCAUUAACGAGGUGGAUGUACUUCACUGGACAGUCCCAGGACUUGAAGGAACAAUUUGUAGCCUGGUGUCAUUGACAGCUAGCCAUAUCGCUUGCACAGCAGAAAUCCCCUUGGAGGUAAUACUAAAGUCAGGGCCAGCAGACCUGUUCAAGGUACCAGAUGCCCCAAAUGAAGUUACCAGUGAAUCUUUGACAGAUUCUGAAGAAAUACUUCAACCAAAAUUAAAUUCAGAUACAAAGACUGCAGAUAAGCUAUUCUGCUUGGAGACAAAUAGCCAAAAAAUCCAUGACAUAUCUCAGCUAUUAGUUGUGAGCAUUGAAUCUCGGACUGGUGAGCCUUUGAGGCUGAUGGGAGCUGAUCUAAAAGGAGUCUUGUCACCAGACUUGCUGUACUUUGAGGGUAGCCAGCAGAUGUUGGUGGUAGGUAGCAGUAACCAGGACAUUAUUCAAAUCUACAGUAUGGUGGACAAGCAAUUGGAGAGAAUGCAUGCAAUAAAGCUGAGUCAAGAUGAGAGGCCAAAGGGGAUAUGUGGACUGUCCAGUUCCUUGGCCACAGGGUCUGGCCUCUUAAUUAUGGUGGCCAAGCUGACCAAAAGUGAUCCCACCUUCUUACCGUCCAGUCCAUAUGCUGAAUAUGAACUUUCACUGAAGUAUAUAUCUAUGCCACAAGGUUUGAAGAAUGGUCCACCAACAUUAUUCAAAGAGCUGUUGCUAGCUAAUGGCUCAGUACCCCAAACGGAUUUCAGCACUCGCAAGGGAAAUAGCAUAAGCGCAAGCAAAUUAGAAACCACCAAACAACUCUCAGCAUCAAAUUCAUUCUCAGGAGAGAUGGAUGCCCCUAAAAUUCCACCAAGGAGGAAUUCCAAACGAAGAAGCCAACUUGUGACAGAAUUGAAUGGAACAAAUGGACGGCACUCAGAUUUGGAGGUGGAUAGAGUUGAUUUUUCUCAGCAGCCACGGAGGUUUAAUAAAUCUAAAUCAGAGAGUGACUGUACAAAACGCUUUAAUGGACUCCAGCUUUUACCCAGGACUGAGGAUGCCCAGAGCAGUAAUGGACAAGGAAAAGAUUCUGAUAACAGGUCUGUAUCCCCAGCAAGUUCUGUUCAGUCAAGUACAAUACAAGAAGAGGAGGAUGAACAGCGACUUGUCGGAAAGGAAUCUAAAGUGAUCCCUGAGGAUCGUUUGGAUGGAUGUGUAAUUCAAAGUGAACUUGAGAACAAUCAGGCUGUAAAUGUUUCAAAAGAAAAUGGUCAAACUGAUGGAGACCAGAGACAAAUACAGGCAAUGGAGAACAUACUGCAGGAACAGAAUGCACAAAUGACAAUACUUCAGAAGAGAAUAGAUGAAAUAGCAAGGCUCCUGGAUGAUACAAGUUGUGUGCCAGGCAGUAGAUAUCAAACAGUGAGUAAACCAGAAACUUUAAAUGUGAUUUACAUGACUGGAGAGACCAAAGUUCAAAAGACCUUCCUCCUGGACCAGGGGAGAUUGAAGUUGGAAGUUCUGCAAAAUGCUUUUGACAUUGAUACAGUUGAAUUAGCAAUUGACAAGUCCUGGUGUGUGUUAGGAUCUAACAUAGAUGGAUAUGUUCCUAUAAAGUUUGACCCAGAGACCACUGUGUUCAUAUGUGGCAGGCAGACAAGGAGGGUGCUGGCACCUAAAAAUGGAGAAAAUGAUGCAGACAAAACAUUAUUAUAGUGGAUUAUUACAUACUGCUUCCACACAACUAGGCAUUUAUGAUAGCAGUGCAAAAACAGUGUUUAGUAAUUGUUUGACUAGGAGAUUUACAGGUUGGAGCACAUUUUGUUCUUUCCACCAUCAACAUUAAUGGCAUUUUGAUCUCUGGUUGGUGUCAAAACUGCUAAGUACUAAAUGGGUCUAUGAUAUGUGUGUGUUUGUGUAUGCAUGCUUUCCUGCAU